AGAGGAUAGAUUAGUUCAGGUGUGUCCUGGCUUAACCAUUAAACCCCAGUGUUAUCCAGUUUUGAUCCUUCUGCUGACCUCCUUGGAUCAGUGAAUGCUGGGACCUUUGUCUGAGCUGUUACAGCAUUUUAUUAUUCGGUUUCUUGUUUUGGGGGGAAAAUGUUGGGAAAGUUGUCCUUGUUCCUGCUCAGUUUGUCAUUUUCUGUGGCGGAAGAGCUCUGUAAACCAGGUGCUGCAGAAGGCUACAAAGUUCGACUCAGCAUCAAAACUGCACUGGGAGAUCAAGCUUAUCCCUGGACCCAAAAUGAAAUGUUCCUCUUCCGAGCGACUCUGGCUUUUGUCAUGAGGAAUCACACUGGAGGAGAAUUUGGAGUGUCAGACAUCCAUGUGUGUGGUGAGACGGCCAGAGUGUCCUUCUGGUUUGUGGCGACGUGGCCGAACACCACAGACCUUGUUGAUCAAGGAGUCGUGGAGAGUGCAGUGAGAAAGAUGAGGAAUCGCAUCAACGGUGCCUUUCUGCUAACUGAUCAAACUUUGGAGUUCGAUGGCGUCCUUCCCACCCUGGCAGCGCCGGUCCCUCCUGACACCCCUCCAUGGCUCAUUGUGUUUGGGGUGGUCAUGGGUGCAGUUAGUGCUGGCAUCAUUAUCCUGCUUAUGUAUCCUCUGGUCCAUAAGAAAUGGAAGAAGAACAAGAAAACAGAUGACGGGGAAAACGAGGAAGAGACACGGGUCAAAACAACUGAAAAUGGUGCUGAUGGUAUUUAUAACAUGUCAUUCUCAGAUGAUGAGCGAUUCACAAAGAUGUAAAAUCCUCCUAUAAAAACUGCUCUUGUGCAACAGUAAGAUGGGAAAAAUAUCCUUUUGCUGCUCUGUGUGGAUUUUUUUGCUCUACAGUGAUUUGUGUUAAAGUUUCUAAUUUAAUUCAUUUCAGUUUCGAUGAUUUUGUGUUGACAAGCUAAUUUGUGGAGCCUUUCAAUAUAGUAAUCACAUGCUGCCUUAAAUGUUUUACAUUGUUUAAUGCCAUUUUACAGACAAAUGUAUUUUUUGUCCCUCGACCAAAGUGCUGAAGGAUGAUGAAUCAAAGAUAUUUUGCUCACUAUACUAAGCCUUUCCAAGUAAGAAAAUGGUUUUAUGACCUCCCUUAGUAAGCCUAGGAGGCCUGGUUUUAUGGUGGUCUCUGAAGGAAUUUAAUAAAACACUCUUAAAACA